AGAAACAGUAACCCAAAUUACAACUGUCAGUGGUGCCCCCACUACAGCUAUGAAGGAAGUUUCUUUCACAACAGAAACUGAAGCCCCAACUACAACCAUGACUGAUGCCCCCAUUGCAACUGCUACUGAGGUUACUAUGACAACAGGGACUGAAGCCCAAUCCACAACUAUGACCAAUGACCCUGGUACAACUGAUACUGAGGUUAUUUUGACCACAGAAAAAGUAUCUCCAACUCCAACCCUCACUGAUGCCUCCACGACAACUGCUACUGAAAUUGCUUCCACAACAGAAACUGAAGCCCCAACAACAUUCAUGACUGUUGCCCCCACUACAAUGGUGACUGAGGUUACUAUGACAACAGGAAUUGAAGCACCGACCAAAACCAUGACAGAGACCCCUGCUGCAACUGUAACUGAAAAUACCUUGACCACAGAAACAGGAACCCAAACUACAACUGUCACUGGUGCCCCCACCACAGCUGUGGCUGAAGAUGCUUUCACAACAGAAACUGAAGCCCCAACUAUAAUCCUGACUGACACCAGCACUACAACCUUGACUGAGGUUACGAUGACCACAGGCACAGAAGCCCCAAUUACAACUCUAAAUGGUGCUCCCACAACAACUAAGAGUGAGGUUACUAUGACAACAGGAACUGAAGCCCCAACAACAACCAUGACCGAGACCCCUGUUACAACUUUAACUGAGGUUACUUUGGGCACAGAAAGAGUAUCUCCAACUUCAACUCUCACUGAUGCCUCCACUACAGCUCUCACUGAUGCCCCCACUACAACUGCAACUGAGAUUAUUUUAACAACAGCAAAUGAAGCCCCAACUACAACCAUGACUAGUUCCCCCACUACAAUGGUGACUGAGGUUACUAUGACAACAGGGACUGAAGCUCCAACCACAGCCAUGACAGAUGCUGUAGCUACAACUGUAACUGAAGUUACCGUGACCACAGAAACAGUAACCCAAAUUACAACUGUCAGUGGUGCCCCCACUACAGCUAUGAAGGAAGUUUCUUUCACAACAGAAACUGAAGCCCCAACUACAACCAUGACUGAUGCCCCCAUUGCAACUGCUACUGAGGUUACUAUGACAACAGGGACUGAAGCCCAAUCCACAACUAUGACCAAUGACCCUGGUACAACUGAUACUGAGGUUAUUUUGACCACAGAAAAAGUAUCUCCAACUCCAACCCUCACUGAUGCCUCCACGACAACUGCUACUGAAAUUGCUUCCACAACAGAAACUGAAGCCCCAACAACAUUCAUGACUGUUGCCCCCACUACAAUGGUGACUGAGGUUACUAUGACAACAGGAAUUGAAGCACCAACCAAAACCAUGACAGAGACCCCUGCUGCAACUGUAACUGAAAAUACCUUGACCACAGAAACAGGAACCCAAACUACAACUGUCACUGGUGCCCCCACCACAGCUGUGGCUGAAGAUGCUUUCACAACAGAAACUGAAGCCCCAACUAUAAUCCUGACUGACACCAGCACUACAACCUUGACUGAGGUUACGAUGACCACAGGCACAGAAGCCCCAAUUACAACUCUAAAUGGUGCUCCCACAACAACUAAGAGUGAGGUUACUAUGACAACAGGAACUGAAGCCCCAACAACAACCAUGACCGAGACCCCUGUUACAACUUUAACUGAGGUUACUUUGGGCACAGAAAGAGUAUCUCCAACUUCAACUCUCACUGAUGCCUCCACUACAGCUCUCACUGAUGCCCCCACUACAACUGCAACUGAGAUUAUUUUAACAACAGCAAAUGAAGCCCCAACUACAACCAUGACUAGUUCCCCCACUACAAUGGUGACUGAGGUUACUAUGACAACAGGGACUGAAGCUCCAACCACAGCCAUGACAGAUGCUGUAGCUACAACUGUAACUGAAGUUACCGUGACCACAGAAACAGUAACCCAAAUUACAACUGUCAGUGGUGCCCCCACUACAGCUAUGAAGGAAGUUUCUUUCACAACAGAAACUGAAGCCCCAACUACAACCAUGACUGAUGCCUCCAUUGCAACUGCUACUGAGGUUACUAUGACAACAGGGACUGACGCCCAAUCCACAACUAUGACCAAUGACCCUGGUACAACUGAUACUGAGGUUAUUUUGACCACAGAAAAAGUAUCUCCAACUCCAACCCUCACUGAUGCCUCCACGACAACUGCUACUGAAAUUGCUUCCACAACAGAAACUGAAGCCCCAACAACAUUCAUGACUGUUGCCCCCACUACAAUGGUGACUGAGGUUACUAUGACAACAGGAAUUGAAGCACCAACCAAAACCAUGACAGAGAGCCCUGCUGCAACUGUAACUGAAAAUACCUUGACCACAGAAACAGGAAUCCAAACUACAACUGUCACUGGUGCCCCCACCACAGCUGUGGCUGAAGAUGCUUUCACAACAGAAACUGAAGCCCCAACUAUAAUCGUGACUGACACCAGCACUACAACCUUGACUGAGGUUACUAUGACAACAGGCACUGAAGCCCCAACUACAAUCCUGACUGAAGCCCCAACUACAAUAGUGACAGAGAUUACUAUGACAGCAGGGACAGAAGCCAGAACUACAACUAUGACUGAAGCCCCAACAACAAUGAUAAAUGGAGAACCCAUUAAAGCUGCAACUGAGAUUACUAUGACAACAGAAACCGAAGCUGCAACUACAAUCCUGACUGGCACCAGUACUACAACCUUGACUGAGGUUACGAUGACAACAGGCACAGAAGCCCCACCUACAACCAUGACUGGUGCCCCCACUACAGCUGUGACUGAAGUUGCUUUCAGAACAGAAACUGAAGCCCCAACUACAAUCCUGACUGGCACUAGCACUACAGCAUUGACUGAGGUUACUGUGUUCACAGGCACAGAAGCCCCAAUUACAACUCUAAAUGGUGCCCCCACUACAACUAAGACUGAGGUUACUAUGACAACAGGCACUGAAGGCCCAAAUACAACAAUAAAUGGAGAACCCAUUGAAGUUGAAACUGAGAUUAUUUCGACAACAGAAACUGAAGCCCCAUCUACAACCAUGACUAGUUCUCCCACGGCAACUGCUACUGAUGUUACUAUGACAACAGGAACUGAAACUCCAACCACAGCCAUGACAGAUGCUGUAGCUACAACUGUAACUGAAUUUACCUUAACUACAACUGUAAAAGAGAUUGAUAUGACACCAACAACGGAAAAUCUAUCUACAACAGCCACAGGUCCAUCAAUGCCUACUGAAAAUGGAGUUCUCUCUAAUGUCACUAAUACCCCCACAACAACGCUCACAAAUAUUUUUGAGUCAACUGCAACUGAAGGCCUCAAAAUAACCACAACCGAUGCCCCCACUACAGCUGUAACGGAAGAUCUCAUUACAACAGUCGCAGAUAUUUCCACGUCAAGGACCACUCAAGGUCUCACUACAACUACAAGUGAUGGUCGCUUUUCAGGUUUUACAGAAGUUACUGUGACACCAGAAACUGACGAUCCGGUCACAACAGCCACAGAUAUAUUCACGCCAACUGUAACUAAAGGUCUUACUACUGAAACACCUGCUACAUUCAUAACCGGUGCUCCGGUGUCAGUUGGAAUCCCCAUUACAUCAGCCACAGAAACUGCUGUAACAUCUGUAACUGGUAUUUCCACUACACUCGUGCUUGCUCUCCCCACUACAAAGACUGUUACAGAACUCUCUACAACUACCAAAACUGCUGUUGAUACUCUAACUGACAUAGCAGCGCCUGAAACUACCAAAAUCAGUGCCAUCACUGCUCCCACAACUUCCACCACCAUCCAGGAGCUGGGGAUCACUUCCACUCUGCCACAGAUAGAAAAAACAACAGUUACAACAAGUAGGAGUCCAUUUUCCACAUCCACAACGGCAUCAACCACAACAAGACCCCCGCCACCAGAGCCAGCCUUGUCACUGGAGUUCCACAUAGUGGAGGACUUUAAUGAGGAUCUGAAGAAUCCCUCUUCAGAGAACUUCAAGACCUUGGCGAAGGAAGUAACGACACAGGAAAGGAUCAAUUGUGGUGGACACUUCCCUAGUGUUCAACAAUUUCAGUGUCGUACCAAACACCAGCGAUGUGACCCAAACCCUCAAAGAAGCCACGUUCUCCAACACCUCUGGUUUCAGUCUCCAAGUAAACAUCUCCACCAUUACAACCACAAUCCCGACACAAACUUCACCGACUACAACAAGCACUCCCACAACAAAAUCUGACAAAAACACAUUUACUCCACCUUUACCUCAAAGUCUUCACACAGUGAACACAACCUCUGUGUCACUAGAAAUAAUAUCAACACCGCAAACAGAC